CACACUUUGAGAAACGAAUAAGGAGCAGCCAACGGUCUUCCAGCGCAGGAGUAAUUCAAGCCACUGUCUCCCACGUUUCUUAACGGGAGACCAUGUAGCAUUCCAUCAUCCACUACCAUCACAUUCAUUCCCUAUACUCAACACGAGCAUAACACGACCUGCAACAGAAAGGACAAAGACAAGGACACGACCACGACCCCACAUGGCAUCCAACAACUCGUCAUUCCGAGCCACGCAAUGGGAUCCCGUUCUUAUUCUUUCGCAAAUCGUCUGUUUACAAGCUAUCUGGUACACCUCCAUCUCCACCAUCGUCUUCACUCUCUUCAAGUUUUCAGGGUCGGACAUCACUCUCGAUGCUAUCCUUAAUUACCGCGAGAUCCGAGCCGAUAAUGCCCAAGGAAUGCUCCUGGGUCUGGCCUGGCUACUCAACUCUGUUGUCGGGGUCUACCUGCUGCUAAAGAUCGUCGCGCGUGCACGCCUGGUCCUUGACUUCUCGCUCACACUGCUGCUCUACCACGUUAUCAUGACAUCCCUUUACUCCGAUCACCUCCCUACCACCUUCCUCUGGUGGGCCCUCAAUGGUACCACUGCCGGGAUCAUGAUUUUUGGUGGCGAAUACGUCUGCAUGCAACAGGAGAUGGAGCCUAUCCUGCUGGGCGGAGCCAGCAACCAACAGUCCGGAUCUGGAGACGGUCAGGGCAGCAACUCUAACAACAGGAGCGACAGCUCAAACAGCAACAGCAACCCUGGCAGCAGCAAUAACGGCUCAGGCAGCGGCAGUAAUAGCAGCAACAACAGCAACCAGAACAGCGCCAACAGUGGACAUCAUCUUUCACAGCAGGGCGCAGCGCUUGCAAGUAUGUACAGUGACGGAUAUGGAUUCGAUGAGACUGCUGAGUUAUUGAUGGACACCUUCGAUGGCAUCCCUGCAGAUCGGUCAUCAAGGGCCAUGCCACAAAAGACCCGGUCAAGUGAGAGCACGGGUGUCAUCCGAAGCGGCCGUGCAGCCAACAUACGCUCUAGCGUUCUCGGCGGUCAGAAUCAUGGACGUCAAAGGACCUCAGACGGUUACAAGGUGGUUUCUGCCUCCGAUGCAGGCGUAUGAUAACGAAAAAGUUUACUCCGCAUCCUUCUUUCGUCUUUUCUCAAUCAGUUA